UGUACUUUUUCCACACAUUUGCCAACGAACGACGGCGACGAGAAAAGUUAAAAAGAAGAGUGUAGUCGCGAGUGAAAAUUUUUCUACUCCGCGUGGAAGUUGAUCGAGUGAACUGUACGGAAAUUGUACGUGUCCGAUUGUUAUGUUACUUUGUUGCUCAAAAUCAGCACCACCAGACCGCGAGUAGAACGUUUUGCAAUAUCCGUUCCCGAGUAGUGCGUUUCCGGUAGCGGAUUUUUCACAUCGGCCACCAACCAUAAACCAGCCUGCUGUCAUCGAUUUGCCUGAACACCGUUUUUCUUCCCUUCUUUUUUCAUUUUGCGUGUGUGUAUGCGAGCGCGAGUGAGGUUGAAUGAAAGUAGUCACCUCAACCAGCUACUAGAUCUAAAGUAAGCAAAUCAGAGGGUGAAAAAAGUUUCCUCAUCAAUACCUCGCCUACUGAGUACUUAGAGGAUGAAAAAAGUGUUCGCGAAGUGUCCGAUCUAGUGACCUACCAGUUAAUUAGAGAAAAAAGGAAUAAACAUCCGCGAAAACAGUGGAAACACUUGAUUGCGGAUCUACCAAAAGCUGAACGGACAAAGCUGUUUUAUUUCCAUCAAUACGUUAUAUUAGAAAAAAGUUAAAUGAAAUAAGAAACUAGUUACAUCGAGAGCAGAAAAGUGUUUACAGUGUAGUGAGCUUGUGUACUUCCCGAAGAGUUAUUUUUUUUUAUCGAAAGUGCUCAACCAGAAGCGGUGCUCCAUUAUCUAUCAGAGGGCAGGUUGGAGACCCGCCUAAGUUCAGGAAGCUGCUGAUAUCGAUUGUCGCAUCCUUCAUAGAUCUCGCCACCGCCGCUAGAAAAAAAAAUCGAGAAAAAUAAUAAUAUCAGAUACCAAGACGUGGUGGUGGAAAAGCCGGCAACAAAAUGUUUUGGGAAAGUGCAAACUCGUUGUCAAAUAUAGACGGAUUGCUCAGUAAAGAGGGACUUACACUUAAAGAUGUUCUGGAAUACGAGGACGUGAUACAGGAAUGCAAAUCUCAAAACACAAAACUUCUUCUAUUUUUAAACCGCACAGAAAUCUUUGACGAACUGAUAGACCUUAUCAUUGAGGAGCCGCCAACCGACCUCGAGGACAACAUCCGUUUCCUGCACUCGAACAUGGCGUGCGAAAUCCUCACCAGCGAUGUGCCGUCCUUCAAAACUCACCUGGUCGAGAAUCAGAACUUUAUGAACAAACUGUAUAGUUUUCUGCACCGAACUCCGCCUCUAAACCCGCUGCUAACGUCCUUUUUCUGCAAAACCUUCGGAAUGCUCAUAUCAAAACGGAACGAACAAGAUUACUUCUCCUAUAAGUCAGUGUGCCUACAAGUAUUAGAGUUUAUCAAGUCUAAGAACGGGUUUCUGUCGACGAUGCUGAAGCAUUUCGGGAACCUGGUCAUCACCGAUCUGUUGCUGUCUUACAUCACCGACAUCGAAGAUGCCGAACUCAAGACGGAACUGCUUGAGUGGCUCAACGAGCAAAAUUUGGUUGCCGAAAUCAUUAACCUGUUAAAGUUACCAGGCGAAACGCAGAUACAUUACAACGUCGCACAAUUUUUAAUCGAACUUAUCAAAACAAGCCGAUGCAAGCGGCAGAACGAGAGGCAAGACAAAGGAAGCUACCGACUUCAGUCCACCAUCAAACGUCUCGAUUCGUUCAAGUCAGAGAUUCUUCCUGCAGAAUUGAAGAAGAACUCAUUCUUCAACUUCAAACUGAGCGACACCAUUCCGUCGAUAUUGGGCAAAAUUUCAUCCCGAUUUCAAGUGACAUCCGAUCCCAUCCUGGAUACACUGGAAAACGAAGCUACCACAGAGUUGUUGUUGACGAUCAUCCUACAGGGGAACAAUGAGGAAAGCUCUAUCGUUGCCGGCAUCCGGAUCCUAUUGCGACUGCUGGAAAACACCAUAAUCCAGGAACCGGUUUCCGAUACUGCUCUCCAGAUGGUGCUGGACGCCGAAAAGGAUCACCAUGACAACGUUGUGCUACGCUUGGUCAAUGCCAUACGCCCGAGAAUACCUGAGUUUGUUCACAUUUUACAGAAUCCGCCUCAGAAACCCGACAUCAUUACUACAGUCGGCGUACUGUCACCACCUCUAGGAAACGUAAGACUUCAAAUUUGUAAUUUAUUUACAGUAUUAAUAGAAACCGAAAAUAGUGAUGUUAUCAGGACAAUAUGCGGCACCCAAUUUUAUAUAACACUGAUUCGCCUAUUUAAGAUCUAUCGUUGGAAUAACUUUUUACACCACCAGGCUAAGCUGUGCAUUAAUUACGCCCUUCAGUCGUUUGACCAGAAAGAAGGUGAAACCACGUUGCUUAUAUCCGAUCUUCAGCGACACAUUAUCAGCGAUUGUGAACUACCAGCAAAGUUGUGUAGAAUGUGGAAGGCCAAUCAGCGUUUGCAUUUAGAUCAUUUUAACUCUAUAACUGGAAAGGUACGUCCCUCGUUGAACGUUGAAAAGAUAAAAGGCGAUGGAGACGAAUCCUCUGAAGAAGACGAAGAACCCUCAGAACCCAUGAGGCUCGGCUACAUGGGCCAUGUUAUCGAAAUAGCCGAUGUCCUUUUCACCAACAUAAAAGUUUCGAAGGAUCUGUAUGCCUUAGUCGGCGAGAACGUUCUCGAGUCUUGUGAUAUGCUAAAUUUUAAGUUGGAUGUUGAAUGGAGAAUCGAAAGGCAACAGCGGAAUUUGGCAAAUCGCCCAUAUCCAAAGAAAGACAUGGAUAUGUCUCCUGUGAACGAGAGUCUGACAGUGAACUAUGCUUUCAGGAUAGACCCCUCAGAAAUGGACCUUUUGAAAAUGGAAAGAGAAAGGGAAAUGAUAAUGAAAAAUUUGGAAAAUUUCCAACUAGAUCUAUAUAACCCGGACGAUGAUACCACCGAAAGUCGUGUGCUCGAUGAUAUGUCGGAUACAUGGGCCAACUUUGGAUCUGACGGUUUUGCCGAUUUUGAUGCACACUUUGCCGACUUUCAGUCAGCAGCUGCGGCGGCGGCCGAAGCAACAGGAGCCGGUGGGACUCUCUAUGAUACUAAUGAAAAUCUUGCUUUCUGUGGUGGCAACACUUCAGAUAAUACGGAUCUGGAUUUCUUCGCAAGCUUCGCCGCUUCUACUGGGACGAGCGCUUUGUCUAGUGACCAUUUUGCGGAUACACAAAUUUCCUCUUCUGUUUUCGAUCCAGCCGCGCUCAGUCUUUCCAACAUUUUAUCGAGCGAUAACACUUUGGCGAUCGGAUCGCUCACGAAUAUCGGUAUGGACGAAGUGUCUCCCAACACUGGACGUGACGAUAUCAGGAAUAGCAACGUGGCAACUGAAGAUUAUACGUUACUCGGUGUCGGAGUUGAUAAUGCUAAUUGUACUAUUGAAGGCAACUACAACAGCAGCAGUAAUAGUAGUAGCAGUAGCAGUAAUUGUGAUACAUCGAUACCACUCAAUGAUUCCGACAACAGUAUCGGGGCAGAUCAUGUGCCAUUGUUUGAUUCCGGUGCGCCGCAUCCGUUGGAGAUUGUCUUGGAAAGACAAGAACCGCUUGAUGCGCCGCUCAAUGGACCCGUUCGAGGUGACUCAGCAUUAUCAGCAGUUUACUUAUCGGAAGAACCGCUCGUACCAGCCGCUGAAGUUUGCAAGAGUACACCAAUCGCUGAGAAAGACACCAGUAAUUCGCCAUCUUCACUUGGAAAUGAGAACGUACAUCAACCUAUCGAAGGGUUGAAUGCUUCAGCUACAACGGAAGAGAUUCCAUCACAAACGGCCACAAAUAUGCCAUCACGUUUAGAAAUAGCAUCGACAGAAUCUGUAGCUGUAUUAGAAGCAGUUGAAACCACAGAUGAUAACACAAAGACUUCAGCAGACCCUGUGAUAUCAGCAGCAGGAGAUAACGAGCCAUCCACGAAAGAAGCUGAAGACGAGAGUAUCGUCAGCAGUACCAGUCCGGAUAGCAAAAUCAAUAGCGAAAUUUCAUCGUCAAUUGAAACAUCGAAACAAAUACUGGCUCAAACCGAGCUGGUUUCUCCUUCAGAUUUAGUAGUCGCACCCAACGCUGUUUCCGCUGUGGAAAUUUCGACCCAACCCAACCCGACACCAUAAGAACCACCAACUGUGCCAUUAGAGAAUGGAUCAGUUUAAUGAAAAAAAUAGCAGUUAAAGGUGAGGAUCGAUAGCGAUCGAUCGGUGUGAUUGAAACCUGUGAGUGGGAGUUAGUCGAAAUUAAAACUUUAUACUAAAAAUGUGAAAUAAGUAGAAGCAAAAAAAAGUAUGUCAAUGCCACAAGACAAAGUUUAUUUCGACUUUACCUAGGUUAUAGCUGUACUUCAACGUAUAACUAAUAGCCAGAGAUUGGAGAACUUUUUAUUCGUUUUUGUUUUUUCUUUUUGUUUUCAUGUCGAUAAAAAUCAAACCCAAGUAGCUUGAAAAUUAAGCUUCUAAAGCGCAAAUCCUAGUUAAUAGUUAAAUAUUUCAAAAGUCGAUAAAACUACAGUGGCUGGUGGUCAGUGACCAAGAUAGAGUUGGCAAUACCGAGCUUUAAACUGUCAUACUGUAAAUAAAAUAAAGUGAAAAAAAUAGAAGACAAAGUAAUGAUAGUUCAUCUAUUGGUUGCUAAUUUUUCCGUUGCUUCAUUAAAUAGCGUGUGCUGGAGCAAUUCUUUUCAAAACAAAUUUACACUAAUAAAAAUCCUUAUUUUAAUUUUUAAGAAUUCAAUUUCAUCCAAAACUGUUAGUACUUAUCAGAAUUUUUUGAUAUUCAGAAUUUGAAGCUUGGUUUCUGUCGAGACUCACUCUGUUCUACCAAGCCUUUCACCUUUUUUCUUCUUAAUUUCCUUAAUUUUUGGCAUAAAAGAUACCUUGAUGUGGAAACGUGCCUCGACAGCUGCUUGUACCCGAUCAUCUGAGGAUGAUAGAAAAAGAAAAGUAUUGCUCCUGCAAACGAAAUUUAUAAAAAUAAUACAGUUUAGAGAUGGUAGGUUUGAUCUUCACCAUUAACAAAAAAAAAAAAAAAAAAAGACGGGAUACAGUAGUUCUGUUUAUUUUCGAUAAUACAGCUUUCGACUCAGGACAGAGUUGUUGUGAUGGAAUCCGGGGUAUUUAGCCUGGAGGUGCUGCUAUUGAAGUAAGCGGCUUUGGAAGCAAUCGGUUUUCUUCUACCUUAUAACAACCAAAUGCAAAACAACUAAAAGCAAGUUUCUUUCAGUUGAAAAAAAAAAACGUUUUUUUCACGAUUAUAGAUAAUAUUAGCUAGCCAACGGUUUCAAACCAAAGUUUAUCCUGUGUUAUCCCAAUUGUGGUCCACCGCCAGAGUUUGCCUUAUAGGAAAAAUAUGGAGAAUAAUUAAACGAGAAGAAAAAAGAAAAUGGAAAAUGAACGGAAAAUCACAGAUGCCAAGAUUGCUUCCAAAACUGUUUCGGUUUACCGUCAGAGUUCUGCGCCACUAGAACUGUGGCUAUGGAAUAACAUAGCCUUAGAGCGCGAAAUACGAAUACAAACCAUUGAUCCUCGUUCGCGACACAAAAGAGAAGAAUCAGUAAAAAAAUAGCAAUUUAGUUACUAUUUUGUAAAAUCUUAAAGCUAAUUUCAUUUUAUAAGUACAAUGCAAAAUCAUAAAAAUGCUAAUAAACGCAAACAAAAAAAAAUCGAUGUAGUUUUAUGCAUAAAUAAGCCAAAAAAUUGAACAAAAUGUUUAAAGUGAGAAAAACAGGUAGAGAAGUGAAAAAAGAACGAAAGAGUUUUUUUUUCAAGGGUGUUACUAUUUAAACGAAAACAAUUGCGUUAACCUAAAACCGUGAAUGAAUCGAAAAUAAUGAAAUGAAAGCAAUCAUCAAAAACUCACUCACACAUACACACAUACUUAGUACUUUGUGUCGUUACCGUUUCAAUUGUGACCUCAGAGGAAAAAACGAAAAAUUUUCGUGCAACAACCAGACACGAAUCAGAUGAGGGAUCAUUGCUCGUCGAAUUUUUUAGGAAUUCAGUCACAAAGGACCAAAAUUAUCGGCUCAGCUUAGAAAGAAGCUGUCCAAAUUCCCUGUUCAUUGCAUCAAAAUUCCUCUUUUUUUCUUAUUUCAGUCGUUGAUUUUCAUUCCAUAGACUGAAAAGCCGUUACUAUUCUCUGAUAAAAAUUUAAUUACAGUUUCAAUGCUGGGACAAUUCAUAAGUUUUGGUCUUUAGUUUUUUAAGAAAUGAUCGAUUACCAGCAGGUGAGCAGAGCUUUGAAGUAAAGUAAACUAGCUGAUUGUUUCUGGAACAUCUAUUUUUUAAUGUUUACCGUACACAUGUGAUAAGGACCGCGAUAAUGUGAUGUUGUAAUACGAAAAACUUCUGCUGUAUCUUUCAAACAAAAAGGAUCAUCUAAUCAAAUUUUAUCGAUACACAGUUGCUUGUUGAGUAUUAAUUUUUCUUCUGAAUUUUAAGUUGAUGCUACAAUUUUAAAACGUUUUUACUAUUCCUCAAUUUAUGUAUUUUUGCUCGAUCUGCUAUUUGAUGAUUCUCAAAAUAUAUCGGUGUUGUAAGACUGCUGAAAAAUUUCAACUGAAGAAGCACGUAACCUGGUAACAUUUCUUGGAUGUUAUUAAACGAAUAUUCCCCGCAUAAACUAAAAAUAUGUAAGGAUGAAAUUAUGUGAUCUAUUUUCUGUAUGAAAUUGGUAGAAACGUGUGCGAUGCAAUCGGUGCACUGAAUUUGUGUUAAUUGUGUUUAAUAAAGGUCUCACAACUUUUCUGUUAUUAUUUCUCCAUGUGGUCACGAACAAUUAUUUGAUACCAUUGUAUUUAAACAUUACACCAGUUCAAAUUGUCUAAGUUGUAUGAUAUAGGAUAUCUAGUUUGUAAAUAAUUUUUUUCGAGUUGUUUUCAUGCUCAUAAUUCUAGUUUCACAUUUUGUGUUGAUUUGCCUCAAACAAUCUGGUAGAUGUUGAUACCAAAUUUGGGUUUUAUUGCUUCGCUUUUCGUAUCAUAAAUAAUCAAGUGUUAUGUUUAGUUAACCAUUAUAUAAUGUACUCACAUUAUUCGCUCAACUUUUUUUUUCGAGUUUCCUGGAAAAAAGUGUGAUCAACAACUGUAGAGAAUUGAAAAUCUAAACUUUGAUUAAACACAUAUCUUGCUCGCUGUGUAUAGAAAAAAAAAACCUCAAGAAUACCAUACCGAAAAAUUAGGGGCUCAAGAUUAUUUUAUUACACUUUUUUCACACUCAUAACGUUACACAAACAGGCAAGAAAAACUCAGUUUGCUCCUUUCAAACUAUUAUUGGUUUCUCUACCGUGAUAGCUUUAGAGACUUGUGAGAAAACACAAAUCUGAACGAAUGCAUAAAGGAGAUACACUCGUUUGGAAAAUACACCCGAAUGCAUUAAAAAAUACAUACCGAAUAUUUAAAUAAUCUACAGACUUACAUAUGCAUACAAACACACAAAAGUACACUCACUGCAACUGUAAUAAAAUUAACGAUAAAAAAGAAAAUGAAAAACAAUGGUGCAAUGUUCUGGUAUAUGAUGAAUCAAAUGUAAGCUAGUGCCACUUUCUAAAGUAUCGGAUAGUGAACAGAAACAACAAAAAAAUUCAAAAUAAAGGAAUGUAAACGUCCAUAAAAUCAUC